UUCCAUUCAUUCAAUUCAUUGACGAUUCGCGAUUUGUUGGCCGUCGCUUGGCCUACUUGUUGUUAUUAAGUAUUAUUUAGGUCAUAGGAUUAGUAAUAUUUAAAACAAAUGUGUGUAUUACUAAGAAAGUCAUUUGUUUUUAUUACGUGACAUGAAAUUAGUGACAUAAAAUGCCUGGGAUAAGGAAAUAUCGCCGCGACACAAGCGAAGUCAGCUGUUGUUUAAAAUAUGUCAUUUUUGGUGUAAAUGUUUUGUUCUGGUUCCUCGGUCUGCUCGUCCUAGCUAUAGGAAUAUGGGCCUGGUCAGAGAAAGACACCUUUAACAACCUCUCAAGACUGACAAACAUAGCUCUAGACCCAGCCUUCAUCCUGAUAUGUGUUGGAACCAUUACAUUCAUCAUCGGCUUCACCGGCUGCGUCGGCGCAUUGCGUGAAAACACCUGCCUCCUCGCUUGUUAUGCGGUGUUCCUCGCACUACUACUUCUGGCCGAGAUGACUGUGGGAAUCUUAUUCUUUGUCUUCAAAGACUGGAUAAAGCAACAAGCCACCACCGGGUUCCAAACCUUCAUCACCCACUACCGAGAAGAUCCUGACCAGCAGAAUUUAAUCGAUUGGAUUCAAGAAGACUGGUUGCAAUGCUGCGGCGUGGAAGGCCCGCGGGACUGGGAUAGGAACGCCUACUUCAACUGCUCGAGUGGGGCCGUGGGUUCGAGAGAGGCUUGCGGAGUGCCAUUCAGUUGCUGCAAGAACAAACCGCAGGAUAUCAUCCGCAAUAAGCAGUGCGGUUACGACGUCAGGAAGCCCACUUAUCAACUGAGCGAGCGCGUAAUACACGAACACGGGUGUCUGGCCGCGGGCGAGGACUGGCUACAGCGGCACUUCCCACCUGUUGCGGCCGCUCUGCUCACUCCACUUGCGCUCAAGAGUUUUGAUAUAGCUAAGAUAAUAUAUGACAAGGGCUGUCUAGAGGCCGCCGAAGAGUGGUUCGACCACAACCUCUUGAUAGUAGCCACCUCCGCUGUUUGUACUGCUUUUGCACAAAUCCUAGGCAUCUGCUUCGCCCAGAACCUGCGCGCCGACAUUUUCGCGCAGAAAGCGAAAUGGCACUGACAAUCAGCCUCUCCUGCCGCCGUGUGACGAGCUCGUCACACCCACGACCGCUCUGUCUACCCCACAACGGCAUCGCGUCAUCGCGUUCGAGAACAUCAGCGCUUGCUUAUAGAUAAGUCGAAGGUUUUGGCUUUGUAUUGAUUUGUUUAUUUUAUCGCGAUCGAAAAUGAUUCUAGGUGGAAAUAACAAAUAGAGUAUACAUGAUAAUGAAUACGGUACAUCGACGAAUCAGUUCUCAGUUCUCGUACACGAUAGACUGAUUCUAAUAGGAAAAUGGGAAGUACCUACUUAAAAGGUUUACGGGAUUUCCCUUUGCAAUAAAUAUUUUAUCGUCAUAUUAGACCUGCCGCUUGUCGUCAUUUGAGAUCGCGAUAAAAGUGGCGCUCGUGCGUUUAAUGUUUAACUUUAUAAGCUGACUAAGAAACAGAAAAGAAUACAAUUUAUCACAUUUGUCAUAGGACUUCAAUAUGUCAAUAGAUUCUUCCGAAUCGUACGCACCAGAGAUGUUAUGGAUAUGAAAUUUCGGAUACGGAUUUAAGAAUGAUUAUUAUACCGGAUACGGUUACGGAUACGGAUAAUAAAUUAUUUCAGAUUAUCCAUUUCGGAUAAUUUCGGUUACGGAUAUUGUUUUUUUAAGCAAUUUCAAAAGUAAAAUACAAAUAGGUAUUAAAGUGGUUUUAUUUAUGACGACAAGUUAUAUAUAAUGUUAUGACGACAAAAGAGGAAAAAAAAAGGAAUGCGCGCGGCUUGUGUGUUGGCACUGGUCAGCCAGCCGAUCAAAACAACUUGUUAUAAUGUGUCUCAAUUAGGCUCCGCCCCUAUCUGAUAUUAUCCGAAACUUUUAUUUCGGAUUCGGUUACGGUUACGGAGCUCCCUACUCGUAACAUCCCUGAUACGUACGAUGCGGAUGAAGCUUGGGUAUAUCAACAGGCCACAUUGAAGCAAUCCAUCUAAAAACAAUAUUGCAAUACGAUUUCAAACAGCUGUCUUGGUGUCUGUUUAAUGCACACAUGAAUAUGUUAUCAAUGUUGCUCAUAACAGUCAUAACUAACAAUAUUUACCAAACGCAUGAGCGAUACAAAUAAGUUUUCACUGUCAUAAUGUAGAAAUUAUGUCAAUACUUAGUGCCUAUGUACAUGCUACACAUUGAUUAUCUCAUAAAUACAAUAAGACUAAACAGAUGUUAUUUACAAGCAUUUUUUUUGCAGAAUUUAUAUGAAUCUUAAAGCACCAUGUGCUAGCAAUCUCAUUUCAUCUCUAUGCCCUUGGCUUUAGAUUCUGCCUGUAAAGGGGAUUUUGGUAAGUAGUACUGUAGAUUGGUGAAUGUGCUACUAGAUGGCGCUGAUCUGUUAACUAAAAAUAUCUUUAGAAAUCACUCUACUAAGGACCUUUUCCAACUUGCAAAAACUGUUUGGUAGUCUAUGUGUAGGAUAAGAGACAAAUUAAUAUCAGUAAUACUAUUUGUUAGUCAUGUUAUGGCUAUCAGACAGUUAGUUAUCAGCAAGUGGUAAGAUAUGCCAUAGAGCGCAAGCUAAAACUCGCGCGGGUCCGGCCCUGGUAGACCACCUUAUGCUGGCACUUGCAUUAUUCUAUUGUUAAUCGCCCAGUGUAAGUUGAACGCACGCUUGGUCGCUCGAUGCAGACGACGUUACACCGGUCUUUUAACAAAUUUGUACAAUUAUCCAGCAUAAUUUGGUCUUAUCCUGUCUUAAAGCCUUCUUUUCACUUGUGGCGCCAUCUGUCUUCAAUGCCCUACUCCCCGUUUUUACUGACAAUCACAAUCCCUUUCGGCUCUUCCAAUUCUACCUAAAUACCUUUCCUUGGACAAUCCCUCGAUCUCCAAGUACUAUAAUAAGGAUUAUCCAACGUAAAAGACUAACGAAUGGUCAGCUUCUUUGGUACAAGUUGUUGUUGUAAUAUUUAUACGAAAAUUUUGGUAUUACUGAAGCUGUCACCAUUUUCUUGGUAGAAUAAAGCGUGGUAUUUUUUGAUCGAGUUCACCUUAUGAAUGGAUAUAUGUCUUGGGUAAGCUUGUUACACUGCCGAUAGUUUCUUUACCUCUUUAAGAGGCGAAAUGGUAUCAAGACUGAACCUAUUUGAUUAAAAGAAAAUUUGAGGUUUACUUACGGCGUUCAAAAGGCCACAUCAUAUUUGUCACUUGUUUGCAUUGCGCACUUGCUUUUAUAUGCGCAAAUGUCAAAUUGCAAUAUUGCUUUUUUUUAGAUGGAUUGCUUCGCUGUGGCCUUUUUAACCCCGCAGAUCUGUAUACAUUGUUAUCGUCAUCCUAUCUUGUUUUAUUCUACCACGAACGUUGUAAUACAAUGUGUUCAAUAUUGGCCAACAAAUAGCCUUAAUGGGAGCUGUGAGAUGAUUUUAAAAUGUUGUUGUAAUUGUUGAAUUGUGAAUAUUUAAAAUUGGAUCCGUAAAUAUCAAUGUCGAAUCUCGUAUGCAGUAUUAUUAAGGAUUGCUACGAAUGUUGAUGUGAUAAGUGCCCUUUCGACCGUAAUGCUUCAUGCUACUAUGGUAAGCGGACCCUGUGAAAACCGGAUAAGCUAGGGAGAUGAUGACAUUUUGGAAAUUGUAAGUUGUAGUAACAAUCUGAACUCGUUCUUUGUCGAUUGUUUCAAGUUCAUGUAUCUUUAAAAAAUAAUCAACCUAAAGUAUAUUAUGUACCGUCACGUUCGUAGCAAUCCCGUAAAAAAUAUUUAAAAUAAUGAUAUAAGUAUAACGCAGAUUGUGUAGUGACGCAAUAUGAUUUGCUAGUGAUGCUUGUGGAUGAGAGUAAGGUCGUGCGCAGGCAGGAGAAUAAUGGCUGACAAUAUUUAGGUUAAGUGCCUAUAGCCCUAAGUAAUUAUUAUGCAUGUUUGAUUUACGUAUUUCUAAGUGUAGGAAUACAAGACAGGUUUUUAUCGUCCGGCCCCUGUAACGUGCUGCUCGUGUAUCGCAAGCGACGCGAGAAUUAGGUAGUUUCCCAAGACAAACUAAUAAAAAUAUUCUUAAUUUAUUUAAUAAUUUUAAUCAAGAAAAACGCAACCAGAAGUACGAUAUUCAAUGAUGGUGUAAGUUUUUUAUUUCCACCGUUUCUUGUUUUAAAGUUUAGCAAAAAGUAACUGAUUUGACUAAAUGGAGACUACCUGUUGUGUUUAUCGCGUAGCCAACAGAGUUGGCUCAUUUAUCGUGUCGCGUGCGAUACGCGGGAAACAUGCCUAAUCGAUUCGGCUAUUGAAAAACGUUCGUGCCAUACAUUUGUUUGAGCACACGAGCGCCUUCAGAUAGACGAAAAGCACCCGAAUUUGGCUACCGGAUGAUGAGCCCUGACGUGUAUUUCCAGGAGUUAGUCUUCGAAAUGUACUUUUGACCCGUAAAUUGUUGAUUUAGUUGGCAAAGUCAAAUGCUUCUUGUAAGAAACUCAAAGAUUUGCUCUAAUCUCUUAUACUGUCUCCUUUUGGUUGUAUAAAAGUUGUAUCAUGUUAUAUUUGUGUAUGUUAAACUACCCUUGUGUACAAGUCUCUACGAAAAAGGACCCUGUAUGUUUGUUUUAAAUGCUUAAAAAGAAAUAACGAAUUUUAAAGGAAUCUCAGGGGUUUUAAGUAAAUUUUGAGUAAAGACUUAGUAUACUAUAGUGAUUUAGGAAUACUCAUUCGGUUUUAUGAAACAAAAAAGAUUUUUUAUACAUUUGUAACGUCUAUUGCCAGAUUUAUAAAGUAGGUAUAUGUUAUAUAAAAUGAGUAUUAUAGGAGAUUGUGCUUUUACUUAUUUUAAACUUUAGAUAUAGCGAAAGGAUUGCUUAUGAAAUAUUUGCACAAAUUAUUUAUAGAAUUAUAAUAAUAUGAAAAACUAUUUAUGAUAUUGAUAAGUUUCAUGUAAUUUUAGUUUUUUUUAUGAAGGUUUUUCUAAUAUUGACGUCUAUACACACACAUAUCCGAAAAGCAAAGACAGUAUUUGUACAAUGCACAUUCCUAUAACACAUAUUAAAUAUUGAUUUAAUACAUUUAUUACCCUUAAUACAUUUUAUUGUAAUCACACACGUGACGACUCUAGCAUUUGACAUUUUUAAAAUUUGGCCGUUCUAAAAGUAAUGCUGUCCUUGUCUAACGACAAGUGCAAGAAAGAGUUAGAGAUAGUUUUACAAAUGUCAAAAUAAAACUAAGUUGCCAGAUCGUCACCAAAAUGCAUUUUGAAUAGUGCUUUUUCAUCUUGAAUCUUGUUAAAUUAUUCAAAUGUAACACAUACAUAUUAUUACAAUAGUGAAGAUAUAUUUUUAAUAUUGUAUUUAAAAAAAUAAGUAUACUUGAUAAGUAUUGAUAAGUACUGGAAAUAUUUGAUUAAGCUUUUAUUAAUACUUACACAAAAGUGUUGCCAAAUGUAUCAUACAUUGAUUUUUGACUCUAUUUUGCUUCCAGUAUUUUUUAGAUUUUAUAUUUAAAAUACAAUAGAUUCAGAGGGGUAAUGCUGCCAGCCUGUUGGGCACUUUGCCUCGAUGUGACACAUUGGAGGAGGUGUUUUAUUUAUAAGAUGUGUUUGUUUUUAAUUGUGAAAUAAAACUGUAAAGUAUUUUACAAACUAUAAUAAUGAUUAACAUCACAAUAUUUAUAUCUAAUGCUUGCAAUUCAAAUACGCAAAAAAUAUUUAGCCGGAUUAAUUUUGUACAUGUAUUCAUUUGUAAGUGUUAAAACUUUAAGGUAACUGUUGGUACUUGUAAUGUUACAAAGCUAAUUAACGAUACACUGGCCCCGAUUCCUGGAGACACCGCCUAAUUUUAUUUUAAGUUAUAUCCGUCAUUUUCAUAUCCGUCGAAAAGGAAAGGGACGGAUGAUUCACAGCUCUUAAUUUUAGGAAGAAUGAGUAAAUUAAUGUGUCGGGUUAUUGACUGACGUAAAAUUUUUAGACGGUUGGUUUAGAUUUGUGCUUAAAAUUGACGUGUGUUCCAUAAAUUUUAUGCUUGUCGAUUACCCGUCCCUUUCCUUUUCGGUGGAUAAGAAAAUGACAGAUAUAACUUAAAAUAAAAUUAGAUGGUAUUUACAGGAAUUAGCACCACUGCCUUAUUAUACCAUUACGAGUGUACCUAAUGGAUAAUACUAAAUAGUGCUUUACUGGUGAUGGGUUUGCAAUUAUGCUUAUUGAAAGUGCUAUUGUUGAAUAUUUGCAAAAUCCAUAGAGAAAAUAAGGUACAUAUUUUUAUAAAACUCCAUUUUUGAAAACUAUGUUAUACUAUCAUGUUUUUUUGCUGUAUGAUAUACUAGCACAAGGAAAUAGUAGUCUUUUAAAAAAAGAAUUAAAGUUAUGUCCCAUACUAGCGCACAACAAGCAUUUACCUACAUAAUUUACAUUAUAUUUUUUUUUAUAAAUAGGUACCUAGUUCUUUAUUUUUAAUUUUAAUGUUCCAAAUUCAAAUUUAUAUUUUUUUGUAUUCCCCAUUUAAAAUAAGAUCUGACAUCACAGUUAUAUUUUUAUGACGAUUUUUUUCCAUUUUCUAUUAAAAUUCUCAUUUUAACGAAAGUAUUAGAAACGGUGUAGGCGCGCCGUAGUAUUUUGAAUGUUGUAUUGUCCCAUUUUAGAUUUAGUGUAGAUAUUUAUAUUAUUGGUUAAUUGACUUGAAUUGAUAUUUUAUACGCGAAUAUAGAGCAUGAAAAGUAA